AAAGAAAAAAAAGUUCAAAGCAAUUUGGCGUUCAAUACAAAGAUUUUUUUUAACCUUUUUAAAAAGUAACAGGUGUCGAACACGUAAUUCAGAGAAAAAGACAAGGUUUGAGUAAUAGCUCAACAUAAUCUAAGCAACAAUUUAAAAACAGCAUUGAGAAUAGAAAAGUAUGCGGACUUAAUCAAAAGUUCGCUAAAGAUUAUUGUAGACAACGCAAAUCCCUAAACCGUGUUUCCGAGUUCAUUACUAUUACUUAUAAACAAUGGCUUCAACUGCCAACGAUGUGUACAACUAUUGGUUUAGUGAAUCAAUAUCUGAAAAAGAAAGACUUGGAAUUUGGUUUGGUGGCAGUGCUUCGGUAGAUCAAUAUAUUAAGGAGCAAUUUGGAACUCUUAUUGAAAAAGCGAGAAAUGGAGAGUUGUCCAAAUGGGAAGAUUUAUCAUUAGGUUCAAAACAUGCAGUGGCAUUUAUUAUUCUUAUUGAUCAAUUUUGCAGAAACAUUUAUCGGGAAACUCCUGACAUGUUUAGUCAUGGUCAUAUGUCUCUUGCUGUUGCAUUAAAGUUGAUUGAUGCAGGGAUUCAUAAAGAAUUAAACUUUGAAGAAAGAAUGUUUGUUUAUUUACCUUUGAUGCAUGAUGAAUGUCAAGAAACACAGAAAAGAUGUGUACAACUACAUUCUGAACUUUAUAACGAAGCUAUUGGAACACCUUUUGAAAAUCUUGCAAAAAGUUGUUUUAAUUAUGCACAAUUGCAUCAGGAGGUUAUUGCGAAGUUUAAUCGAUUUCCUAAGCGAAAUCAAGUACUAGGUCGGAAUAAUACACCAGAAGAAGACGAAGCACUCCGUAACUGGACCUACGGUUUUUAACUGUAUUUCUAUGCCACAUAUGUUGGGAAUUAUUAUGUCAACGGAUGUAUUAAUAUGUAUUUAAUAUAUUGUUAUCAUUGUUA